AAGGAGGCGACGAAUAUCUCCCUAAUUAUUGGACUUACUAAUUACCAUUUGGUUUAUUAUGGUUGUUAAAUCUGUGAGUGGAAAUGCGGGAUUUAUUAAUCUGGAUCAUCGUGGCAAUAACGGCUCUUGGAAGUGAGACGAUUCGAAGACGUGACAUGAAAUGAAAUACUUCUGAUACGGUGUUGAUGAGUCUUGGUAGUGUCGACGUGAAUGCAAGAGAUGUUCAUAAGUGAAAAGUGCAUUGUGAUUUAAUCCCUCUUAGCAUUUCCCUUCCAUUUCAUCGUUCCUGGUCUGGCAACAAAGAACUGACCAGCAGCAGCCAUGGGACGAAAGUGUUGUACAUUGGACAGCUUUAUGUGCAGCAUCUCUCUGCGCGAUGGCUCCCUCAUGAUCGCUAUAAUCAUGAUAGUUGUGUCUAUACUGAGGCUCGUGUUUGCUGUCACAAGCAUAUGCUACGAUAGAAACGAAGCCUGGUUUGCCCUGCUGGUCGAGAUCAUCAACAUCCCCCUUGCAUUCCUGCUUUUAAUCGCUAUUCUUAAGGAGAAAGUCAAGCUGCUCUGUGCGUGGGUCACGAACACCUUAGUCGUAGCCCUCGCCAACUUCGCCUACGGCUGCCUCAUCAUCGUCGCCGUCGCCAACGUUUCGGACGGCGUCGCCAGUAUAUCCAUGGCCGUCGUGCAGGUCUGCUUCGCGGUGGUCGUCCGCUCGUUCGCGCUCACGAUAUGUCCGCAUGCUUCAAGAACCAUACACUUCACUCUCUAGAAAUAUUCUUCCCAACUGAACAAGCCAAAAUUCCUUCAUUCCAGUACCAUGGUGGCCCCGAGAUUAUCGUUUAGCUCCUCAGUGGACAGAGCAGCCAUUAUAUUUUACCAAGAAAUACCCCUCUUUUUGCGUGAGUGGUUUAACGUGGGUUAAUAUAAGAGAUGUGUAAUUAUGUAAUGUUAUAAUUUUUAUCUAUGCUUAAUGUUCUUAACUAUUAAAGAUUUUAUUGU